UGUUGUUGGCGGAAAAGCUUCAAAGUCUGAACAGCAAACUCUUUUAAUCCGCCGCAGACUGAGUGAUAUUUAUUUAUUUACGCGUUCACCGACGGUGUGUUAGCUCAUUUAUUUAUGGUAUUUUCAUGAAAUGUACAUUUGAAGAACUACUGCACUUAACGACCAACUAAAGCGAUGGAGGUGUCUGCUGUCUGCACUGAAGGCAUCAGCACAGAUGGAUGUAACGAUAUAAUGAAGUCUGACAGAGGUCACAGGAGAGGCAAAGUCUCAAGGGAUGUGGAAAUAGACAUCGAAAUCCUUUACAAAGCUGUCCCUCAGCUGGCCAAGGUUUUCCGCAUCAUAGACAAAAUUGGAGAAGGUACGUUCAGCUCGGUGUAUCUGGGCGAGGCUCAGAUGCGGGAUGGGAGGAGAGAGAUGUUUGCCCUGAAGCACCUCAUCCCAACCAGCCAUCCUACACGCAUCGCUGCUGAGCUUCAGUGUCUCACUGUGGCUGGAGGCAGUGAGAAUGUGAUGGGGGUGACGUAUUGUUUCAGGAAGGAGGACCACGUGGUGAUAGUCAUGCCCUAUAAGGAGCAUCAAGCUAUUGUGGACAUUAUUGGCUCACUUAGCUUCGAAGAGGUCCGUCUGUACAUCUAUCACCUGCUGAAGGCCCUGAGACACAUCCACCAGUUUGGUAUCAUUCACAGAGACAUCAAACCAAACAAUUUCCUCUACAACAGAAACAACAAAACGUAUGCGCUGGUGGACUUUGGCCUGGCUCAGGGGACAGCGGACACCCAGAUUGAGCUGCUGAAGGUGGUGAGGCAGAGGACAUCACAAAAAGGUGGUGGGUCCACAGGGAAACAAGACACCACACAGCGGAACAAAGCACCACCUAGACUCCCUUCCAAAACCACCACAGCGUCAACCUCGCUGCCUCCACCUCCGCUGCAACCCACAACCAUGCCACCUUCCUCCUCCUCUUCCUCCACCACCACAUCCUCCUCAGCCUCUCGGAAAGCCUUGGUUAAAAAAUCACGUACUGUCACAACCACCGUCACAACCUCCACCUCUCGCACAAAGCACACAAAGGAUUUAACAGCACAACGCAAAGUGCCACGGCCGGUGUUUGGAGAGAGAAGCCUGAACAGCUGCACAGCUACUCCAUCCACCACAAAACAAGCUGCCUUCAAGACCGAGCUGGUAAAGCCCAGCAAAACAGAGGACCCAGCCAGCCGAAGGUACUCAGCAGCCAGCCGGGGCCCACUGCCUGUCAGGACCCAGAACAGCAGCCAGAAACCUCAGAGGACUGUACAGCAGGGCCUCACCUGUAACUGCUACAUGACUGACCGGGUCUGCAACAUCUGCAUGUCCAGGAAGCAGCAGGUGGCUCCCAGGGCAGGAACCCCGGGUUUCAGAGCACCAGAAGUCCUCACAAAGUGUCCCAACCAAGGAACAGCCAUAGACGUGUGGUCAGCUGGUGUGAUCCUGCUCUCACUGCUCAGUGGUCGUUACCCGUUCUUCAAAGCCAGCGAUGACCUGAUCGCCCUCACUCAGAUCAUGACCAUACGAGGCUCCAGAGAGACCAUCCAGGCUGCCAAAGCAUUUGGUAAGGCAGUGGUGUGCAGCCGGGAGCUGCCUCGGCAGGACCUCAGGACGCUGUGCGAGACUCUGAAAGGACGGAGACCACCACCAGACGAUGAAGUCACACCGCUUCCCGAAGCUAACAAAGACUCCACCGCCACCAAUCAUCACAAGAUCCAAGAUGACACGCCCACACAUCGUCCCACUGAAGGAUCAUUCGAGCAACACAAACAUGAAGCAGGUGAAACUCCUUCAUCUACUUUCCCAAACCACCAGGAACAUUCAGGGAACGCAGGAACCGCUCGCCUCGCCAAACAGAGCUCAGACACAGACUGCAAGGUGGAGGAAGACAAGCGGGGCUGGGACAGAGUUCCCGAUGAGGCCUACAAGCUGCUGGACCGCCUGCUGGAUCUGAACCCUGCCACCAGGAUCACAGCUGCUCAGGCCCUGCAGCACCCGCUGUUCAAAGACCUGUGAAACUGCACAGACAGUGGACCAGCAGUCUCUCAACACACAGAAUUUCAGCAUGAUACAGAGUCUAACAGGUGUUAUCAUUAAAGGUAUACUACGCAGAAACUGUUAGUUGCUGUUUGUAAACAGUAUUGCCAGUGAAAGUGAAAGACAAUGCCAGAUUUGCUCUUUCUGGAAUGAGUUUUGUCCACUUGGCGUUAAUGCUGCAUACCAUUUACGUCUGAAGUCGGAGCUGGGAGUGACGUCAUACCCGAGCUGAUCGCAGUCCAACACAACAAGUUGGAAAACCCAGAUCUUGUUAGCAAUAUCAGUUUAUAACAGCGCAUAAGGUGGUAUUUCAUGCACACAAACACCACAGCAUGUCCACAGAUAGGAGUUGGACAGCACUGUGUGUGCGACUGUUUCAGUGAGACACAAAUAAGACAGAAGUGCUCAUAAACGGUGUAUCAAUACAACUUUUACUGCUGUUGAUGUGCAGUAGCCAUGUUGGAUUAUUAGGUUGAGGUUCCUCAAACUGUCAGUUUUGGAGAUCUGCCUUUCCAGUUGAAAUUUCUAACUUGGAAACUUGGAAAAUUCAAACGUCACAGUAAAAAAUGGAAAGCACCACGAGCCACACCAUAUCAGCGUUUUUUUCGAUGGUGUUUCACUGAUUUUUUUGUGGCUUUCUCUCAGAUGCCUGCUGUUUAUUGUCUGGCAUGAGGUCGCUACCUUUUUAAUAAAGUCCUGACCUCACCUGCACACUGUGCCAAGGAACGUCUUGAACAUACUAACAUAAUAAAAGAAUAAGAAAAUAAAGGAAGAGCGAAGAGUCUUUGCAGUUAAACAUACUGUAACACUUACACACACUUGUAGUGUUAGUUUUUUGGUUGUUCUUAGGAAAAUCCUGCAUAGUAUACCUUUGAUAUUUAUCUUACAAAUUGUACCCCAGCAGCAUAUUGAGUGUUACCUUAUGACAAAUAAUUGCUGAUCUUUAAUGCAGAAUGGAGAGAAUUUUACAUCCCUGUGUGGAAAGCAACUAUUCUCUCUCAGCUUUCUCUCCCAUCGACACCUGCUAAAUACUACAUAGAUCUUAAAAUUAGUAUCCAUUCAUGACAGGCUUGACUUGCUGGUUCACAGGUCGUCAGUUAAUGGCAGCUAUGACUAAGACGCUUUGAGAAGAAGUGUUUUAAAGGGCUCUAGAUGUGCACUGUUAGCUAUAACCAAGACGGGGUGAGUGUUGACUUGAGGCCGACUGUCGGCUUUUGUGUCAAUGUUGGACAGUUUUACAGUUGAAGGUACCUCACCUCCUGUCUGUGAAGACAUGGAAUCAGCUACAUACUGUCAGAUUAUAUUGGUUGACGCUCAGUACUUUUUACUUCAAAGUCCAAAAGAGAAAAAUACAAAACGUAAGGAGUCUUACUUUAGGCUUGAGUGGUGCCCUGGGUCAGUUCUUUAAGAAGGGAAAAAGUCAGUCUUCUCAGGAGGGAAUGGUCUGUAUGAUGUUUGCUGUUGUCACCGCUGCCAAAAAAGCAUAUUAGAGCUGUACGAAGGGACUAUUUCUAAAGUAUAGAAGAGCUCUUAAUAUUAAGCUGCAUAUGAAUUUGAUCUGUAUUUUAUGAAUUUGAGUGCUGUGUGAGAAUGUUUCAGUUUCAGUUGUGUUUAUUUAUAACACUGAAAAAUGUCAACUCUGCCUCAGUAUUAUUUGUAUUUUCUAA